AUGGCGUUCAGCCACUCUGUGAAGGAGCGAACCAUCUCUGAGAACAGCCUUAUCAUCCUGCUGCAGGGCCUUCAGGGCCAGGUAACCACUGUGGACCUGCGGGAUGAGAGCGUUGCCCGCGGACGCAUAGACAACGUUGACGCAUUCAUGAACAUCCGCCUAGCCAACGUCACCUACACGGACCGUUGGGGGCAUCAGGUUGAGCUGGAUGACCUCUUUGUGACAGGCCGCAACGUCCGCUACGUCCACAUCCCAGAUGACGUGAACAUCACCGCCACCAUCGAGCAGCAGCUGCAGAUCAUCCAUCGGGUGCGCAACUUCGGUGGCCAGGGGCGGCAGGAAUUCUCCAAAUGCUCUAAAUUUCAGUCCCGACCCUACCCUGAACCAAUCAUCAAUCUGCUUCUGGCCGCUUGCCUGAAGGCUUCCGCCCGUUGUCAAGAUGGUGCCCAACCAAAGGCCGUGGCGGCGCCGCAGCCAUGGAGGGAUGCGGCGGCGGCGGCGGCGGCUCGGGCGGCUGCGCUGGGAGGCGGCGGUGAGCAGCUCCCACGCCCCCGGCCCGGCCCCGGCCCCCCGGCACGGAGUGCCGAGCAGCCCUGGCUCCGGGCUAAGGACUAUGGGCGAGCAGCGCUGAGCACCGGGGGAAGGUGCCAAGCCGAGCUGCCUGCCUGUAAGCGCUACAUUUGGCUGGCUUAUGCCAAGGAGAAAGCCCGCUGUGGUCAGUGUUUCACCUGCUGUGCCGGGGUCAGGCCCGCCUGUUCCCACGCCACUUAG